AUGUGCUUAGUAUUAUGUCGUUGGAUAGUAUUUCUCAUCAUUAUAUGUUGUUUAUCCGUACAUGCUAAGGUUCAAGCAGAAGAUGCACAUGUAUCCAGUACAUCCAAUCUUACUGAACGUGAAAAUUUGGCUAAUAUAGAUCAUCCAUCUAUACCAGUUCAUAACGAUACUAGUCAUGAUCAGGACGGUGUGAAUCAUGAUUCUGAACCGUUAAGAAAUAAUGGACGAGGAUCACAUGAAGCUAAUUCACAAAAUUAUGCUGCUGAAACGAAUGGAACACAUGGUACACCAAUAGAAGAAUUUCAACAAAUAAUUCUUGAUCAACAUAAUAAAUAUCGUGAAAAAACGAAUGCCAAUAAACUUCAAAUUAAUAAUGAUUUAAAUGAAAAAGCACAAAAACGUGCUCAUGCUGAAGCGAAUGAACAACCAAUACAAUUAUCAAAUGAUUAUAAUGAAAAUAUAUAUGUAGUUGAUACAGGCGAUCCAUCAAAGAUAACUGGUGAACAAAUUGUCAAGGCUUGGUAUAAUGAACAUUAUCAUUAUAAUGUUAAAAAUGAAUCUUCAGCUCCACAUUUUUCACAAUUAGUAUGGAAAAAUUCAAAAGAAUUAGGUAUUGGUCAUGCAUAUAAUGGUCAUCGAUUAUAUGUUGUUGCUCUUUAUCAACCUCCUGGAAAUAUUCGUGGUCAAUUUCAAGCAAAUGUUGAUGUUGAUUCUCAUGAUGAACGCAAAUCAGCGAAUAGAUAA